ACGUUAUACUUGCCUCGUGGACGAGCGGUAUCCCCGCUAUGUUAUACUGAAUUAGAUCGUGAAUAAAUGAGAAAAUGCUGAUGCCUUCGGCGACCGAUACGAUUCUAUCAGCGUUAAGCAGCAAGACAAGAAAAAUCGAAAUUGUCUAGAAUGUCCAAAAAUUUAUCGAUGUAAUUCAAUCUUAGUUCUAUAUACAUAGAAUAGUUUAUAAUAAACGCGUAUUCUUGCAUGAUUAUUUUAUAAAUUAUUAUUCUUUACUUGAGCAUGUUCAAUCGGUAUAAGGAUGCUUUAUACGAAAUUGUUAUGUAAAUGUAAAAUUUACAGUUUUUAUUUUUGUAUAUUAUUAAUCUUUGAACUAUAAUCUUAUAUCUUCUUCUGUGUAUCCUGUUACAUUAUAUUUAUUAAAUUUCUCAAUGUUUUAUUCAUAUUUCUUCUGUGUCUACAAAAAAUUGGAAAGAGGAUUAGCAACGAACGACGAUAUUAGUAAAUUUAAUCUAUUUAUACAAAUGUGUCAUCCUUUUCAAGCUAUUACGAAAUUUAUUAUCCUGCGAAUUCACCCGUAUCGAUUAUACAACUUAAUUUUGAAACACGUCAUGCACGAAAGUAGCUUAUCCCUCUUAUUAAGUUCAAGCAUGCGUUCAAAUAUAAAAUUAUUCCAAUAGUUUCUCUUAUUUCUUCCCUUGUAAAUAAACACAAAACACAAAUUUUACAUCUAUACUACUCAUUCUAACUGAUUACUAGCUUCAAAACCACUUCAGAGAAGGAACUACAAAAACGAUCGAAAAGUCGCUGUUUGCAAUCGUGUAGUAAAUUAUAACUACCAAACUACGAGGGAAAUCCAUGUUGUUGCUCUUCGAGGUGGUCACGUAGUAUCACGUUGACGACAGCCUGAUUGAUGAUAUCGGAAUGAGCGCGGAAUACCAACUAACUCUGCUCAGAAGGACACCGUGGAAAAGAAAUCAGUUGGUAUAUUGUGGCGGUCUGGCGCAAUGCAAUCAGUGAAAGUAAAGAAAACCGAUGUCGAGGAAGGAGGCGCGAAUCGUUUGAAGAACAACGUUACUGCUCAACGCUUCGACGAUUGACAAUUCUAUCACGAAAAAAUCAUAAUGUAUUCUAUGCACGAAAUUUUCACCCACUCGAAAGACAUAAAGGUGAGUGGGCACCAUGAAUGAUGGGAUAUUGCUUUCCCUGUCUUCCUACCUGAAGGUUCGGUAAAAGAAAAUGCGCGCGAGCCACGCGUUAAUAUUAAUCUGCGCGCUGUGCAUAGUAGUCCAGUGUGAUGGAACUGUUUCAACUCGAGUCGCUAGGACACUUCCGUUUGGCUUGUCUCCCUCGAGAUGGAUGGCCACGAUUCGUUCGCUAUGGUCUAGUGGAAGAUUUUGGGAAUGGCCAAGAAAUGGUGUGGAUGGUUUUCUGAGACUGGUAGCUUCUCCGGACACUAGGAAGAAGAUGAUGUUUGAAUUCAGACCAGAAGAUGGACCUCGUGCCUCGUUUGAUUAUCAGAGACGCUAUGGCUAUCGAGGACAACGACUGAUUGAAUUGCUUGGUUCUGGUUUUCAUCCGGAUGACGUGCCUUAUCAAGAACCGUUGCCUGCUUCCGUGUUGGUACCUCCUCCGCUUCCCUUCUAAUUGCUGUGUAUUUUAUCAAUUUAUAUAAAGGAAUACGAAAGCGAUAGAAAAUAGAAAGGAGUGAUUAAACGUGUUUUUUAAU